AUGGAAACAUUCAACCUGGCUUCUCGACAAGUGUCAACGAAUAACUUGACGUUUGAUGGACGAAUUGGAAAGUUCUUUACGAAGAUGAGCACGAACAUGAUACAAGAAAUUUCAAUGCCGACUCAAAAACAUGUUCUGUGGGUCUAUUUUGUUGGAACUGCCUGGUCUGUUGGUGGUCAGUUGUGUUUGUCGGUUCUGUGGGUGUAUUUUGUUGGAACUGCCUGGUCUGUUGGUGGUCGGUUGUGUUUGUCGGUUCUGUGGGUCUAUUUUGUUGGAACUGCCAAGUCUGUUGGUGGUCAGUUGUGUUUGUCAGUUCUAUGGGUCUAUUUUGUUGGAAGUGCCAAGUCUGUUGGUGGUCAGUCCAGUGUUUGUCAGAGCAAAAGUGUUAUGGAAAAAAGUAAUGGAACUAUGCUAGAUAUGGUGGAAAUUUGGAAAAGUUGGUUGAAACUCUUGGUGCCAAGUGGAAAAAUGGUGGAUUAUGGUGGAAGUGUAGCACAAUGCGGUGAUAAAAUGGUGGAAAUUUAUCCAGACUUGGUGGAAAUAUGGAAAAAUGGUGGAUUAUGGUGGAAGUGUAGCAUAAUAUGGUUGAUAAAUGGUGGAAAUUUAUCCAGACUUGGUGGAAAUAUGGUAGGAAAAAUGGUGGAUUAUGGUAGAAGUGUAGCACAAUACGGUGAUAAAAUGGUGGAAAUUUAUCCAGACUUGGUGGAAAUAUGGAAAUAUGGUAGAUUAUAG